AUGUCAUCUCAACGACGUAAAGCAUUUACAAUUGAGGAGAAAGGUGCAAUAAUAUGCAGAUUAGAAAAUGGAGAAUCUAACUCAUGUCUCGCAAAGGAAUUUGGCGUGGGUCAUUCGACAAUCUCAAUGAUUUUUAAAAACAAGAACCGCAUUAAGGAAUCGUUCAAUUCAAAUGUUUUGAAACCGAAGAGGCUUCGAAAAUCACGACAAGAAAAUGUUGAUCAAGCAUUAAUUCAGUGGUUUAAAAACAUGAAAAACAAAGGAAUACCUAUCAGCGGUCCUAUGCUACAGGAAAAGGCAAAUGGUUUUGCCGCGCGUUUUGGUAUUCUCGACUUCAAUUGUUCUGCAAGCUGGAUCAGUCGUUUUAAAGUUCGACAUAACAUUGUGGCUGGAAAAAUUGUCGGUGAAUCUUCGUCUGUAGAUCAAAAUUCAACAACAAACUGGUUGAUAUCUGUGUGGCCGAAUUUACGAAGACAAUUUUCUGAUGAUGAGAUAUUCAAUGCUGAUGAGACUGGACUUUUUUACAAAUUAAUGCCAGAUAAAACUUUAAAAUUUAAAGGUGAAAAUUGUAGUGGAGGUAAGUUAUCGAAAGAUAGAAUAACUGUCAUGGUAACAGCGAAUAUGAGUGGCACAGAGAAGAAGAAAUUGUUCAUUAUUGGAAAGUCACAAAAACCAAGAUGUUUUAAAGGUGUCAAAUCAUUACCUGUCGAUUAUGCUAACCAUCGUAAAGCUUGGAUGACGUCAGAACUUUUUGAAAAAUGGCUUCGUGAUUGGGAUCGUGAUUUGGUGAAGAAGAAGAAAAAGAUUCUAUUGCUGGUUGAUAAUUGCCCGGCGCAUCCAAAUGUUACUGAUUUAAAGUCUAUAACACUUGCUUUCCUUCCGCCGAAUACAACAUCAGUACUACCUACAGCCAAUGGAUCAGGGAAUAAUACGAUCACUCAAAAUGAAUUUUAG